AUGUAGAUAAGAUGUACUUAGGCUGAUCAUCAAAAUCAGUCAAUAAUAGGAAUUUGUAUUGAAAGCUACUGCCAAUAUCAAAGGCCUUAUUGUCAUCAUUGUUUACCGAAUCAUGUUUAACAUAUUAAUAAGUUAAUACCUUUGGAAAACUUAAAUGAUUGGAUUUAACGACGAAUGGUCAGUAUUAACGAUUUAUAAAAGAAUGCUUUAGAAUGCAAAUAAAUCCUUGAUAGUCUUAUAAAUAUUUUUAUUCCUUAUUUAAACAUUAAUAUAGAAUAAUUUGGAAUCCUUUAGAUAGAUAAUAGAAUUAAGGGUCUAUGCUAAUUUGAAGUUUUUGAAUAAUAAUUAUUUAAUCCACUCAAAUAAUCAAUCCAAAAGGUUAAAUAAAUCAUAGAUGAUAUAUUAAAAAAAACCAAGAGUUAAAUAGAUUAUAAUCAAAAAAUUAUUUUAUAAGUUCAGUAGCCUUAAUUCAUGAAACUACCGAUUUAAAAAUAAAAUAAACUGUUAGGCAUCUUAAAAUAAAGUAUAAACCCAUUCACUUAUUAACAUAUGCAACAAUAUUCAGUAUAAAGUGAUUGGUGUGGUGCAAUAGCUAUUAAUAAAGAUUGUUCAACAUUGGUGGCUGGAUGUAACUCAUAAAUUAAAGUAUUUGAAUUUAAACAAGGAAUGCUCAAACAAAUUUAAACAUUAACUGAACAUAAUAAUAGUGUAUUUACUUUAAACUUCAUGAAGAAGUAGAAUUAGUUUAUAUCAGGGAGUUGUGACAAAUCUAUUAUUAUAUGGUAAUUUAAUUAAAAUAAUUAAUGGAUUUCCUAAUAGAGAUUAAAUGGACAUAAUCAUAAUAUCUAUUGUGUGAUAUUAAAUAAUAAUGAAGAUAUCAUUAUAUCAGGUAGUUCUGAUAAGACUAUUAAAUUUUGGAUGAAGUAGAAUGAAUGGUUGUGUUAAUAAACAAUUACAGAUCCUUCUAGUUGUGUGUAUGGAUUAAGUUUAAAUUAAUAAUAAAAUAGAGUUAUAUCUUGUAGUUAUGAUAAAUAGAUAUUAAUAUUAGAACAAUCACAAUAGAAUAAAGAAUGGAUUGUUAUAUAAAAUAUUACAGUUGAAUAAUAUGGAUAUAGAAUAUGUUUUAUUGAUAAUAAUAUGUUCACCUUCUAACCAUAUGGUAAAGAAUAGAUGUCUAUUUUUGAGAUGAACAGUAUAAAUAAUAAGUAUAACAAAAUUAAAGAUAUCAAUAUUAAAUGUGGAUCAGAUAGUAAUGGAUUAUUUUUUUAAUAGUAUAUAAAUUAAAAAUGCAUGCUUAUGAGUAAGAGUGGUGAAUAUGUCAACUUAAUAAGGAAAAAAUAAAAUGGAGAGUUUGUUACUGAAUAAUCUAUUCAUUUUGGAACAAAUAGCUUAUAUGGAGUAAUGAGUGACGAUGGAGAGUAUUUAAUUACAUGGGAUAAAAAAUCAAAUUAGAUUUAAAUUAGAAUAUAUAACGAAGUAUGA